ACACAUCUUCACAUACAGUGACCCUUCCAAAUUAAACUCUCCAAUAGAUAGCUUGGUUGCAAACAUUAAAAUGAGAAUUUUCGUGGUAGCAUUUUCGAUAUUGGCUAUAGCCGCUUCAGCUGCCAUCGAUAGUCCUGCUAAUGAUUAUUUGCCACCAACGGAAGACACUGUUACAUUGGCUUCUGCGUCCGAAUCGGCUGCUCUAAUUGAAGUUAAACCUGCCGAAGAACCUCAAGAAUCCGCUGUUUUGGGUGAAAAUGGCUAUGAAUACAAAACUGUUCGCCGUUUGAAAUAUCGUCAACGUCGUGAUGUUUCUGAAGUUGCCAACGAGUACUUGCCUCCAGCUGAAGAAUCGGCCACUGAAUCUGUAGUCGAAGUUAACUCUGCAGAAGAACCUCAAGAAUCCGCUGUAUUGGGUGAAAACGGCUAUGAAUACAAAACUGUUCGUCGCUUGAAAUACCGUCAACGCCGCGAUGUUUCCGAAAUUGCCAACGAGUACUUGCCCCCAGCUGAAGAAUCGGUCACUGAAUCUGCAGUCGAAGUUAAAUCUGCCGAAGAACCUCAAGAAUCCGCUGUAUUGGGUGAAAAUGGCUAUGAAUACAAAACUGUUCGUCGUUUGAAAUAUCGCCAACGUCGCGAUGUUUCCGAAAUUGCCAACGAGUACUUGCCCCCAGCUGAAGAAUCGUCCACUGAAUCUGUAGUCGAAGUUAAAUCCGCCGAAGAACCUCAAGAAUCUGCUAUUUUUGGUGAAAAUGGUUAUGAGUACAAAACUGUUCGCCGUUUGAAAUAUCGUCAACGUCGUGAUGUUUCUGAAAUUUCCAACGAGUACUUGCCCCCAGCUGAAGAAUCGGCCACUGAAUCUGUAGUCGAAGUUAAAUCUGCCGAAGAACCUCAAGAAUCCGCUGUAUUGGGUGAAAAUGGCUAUGAAUACAAAACUGUUCGUCGCUUGAAAUAUCGCCAACGUCGUGAUGUUUCCGAAAUUGCCAACGAGUACUUGCCCCCAGCUGAAGAAUCGGUCACUGAAUCUGUCGUCGAAGUUAAAUCUGCCGAAGAACCUCAAGAAUCCGCUGUAUUGGGUGAAAAUGGCUAUGAAUACAAAACUGUUCGUCGUUUGAAAUACCGUCAACGCCGUGAUGUUUCUGAAAUUUCCAACGAGUAUUUGCCCCCAGCUGAAGAAUCGGUCACUGAAUCUGUAGUGGAAGUUAAAUCUGCCGAAGAACCUCAAGAAUCUGCUGUUUUGGGUGAAAAUGGCUAUGAAUACAAAACUGUCCGCCGUUUGAAAUACCGUCAACGCCGUGAUGUUUCCGAAAUUGCCAAGGAGUACUUGCCCCCAGCUGAAGAAUCGUCCACUGAAUCUGUAGUCGAAGUUAAAUCCGCCGAAGAACCUCAAGAAUCUGCUGCUUUGGGUGAAAAUGGUUAUGAGUACAAAACGGUUCGCCGUUUGAAAUACCGCCAACGCCGUGAUGUUUCUGAAAUUGCCAACGAGUACUUGCCUCCAGCUGAAGAAUCGGCCACUGAAUCUGCCGUCGAAGUUAAAUCUGCCGAAGAACCUCUAGAAUCCGCUGUAUUGGGUGAAAAUGGCUAUGAAUACAAAACUGUUCGUCGUUUGAAAUACCGUCAACGCCGUGAUGUUUCCGAAAUUGCCAACGAGUACUUGCCCCCAGCUGAAGAAUCGGUCACUGAAUCUGCCGUCGAAGUUAAAUCUGCCGAAGAACCUCAAGAAUCCGCUGUUUUGGGUGAAAAUGGCUAUGAAUACAAAACUGUUCGUCGUUUGAAAUACCGUCAACGUCGUGAUGUUUCCGAAAUUGCCAACGAGUACUUGCCCCCAGCUGAAGAAUCGACCACAGAAUCUGUAGUCGAAGUUAAAUCCGCCGAAGAACCUCAAGAAUCUGCUGUUUUGGGUGAAAAGGGCUAUGAAUACAAAACUGUUCGUCGUUUGAAAUACCGUCAACGCCGUGAUGUUUCCGAAAUUGCCAACGAGUACUUGCCCCCAGCUGAAGAAUCGGCCACUGAAUCUGCAGUCGAAGUUAAAUCUGCCGAAGAACCUCAAGAAUCCGCUAUUUUGGGUGAAAAUGGUUAUGAGUACAAAACUGUUCGCCGUUUGAAAUAUCGUCAACGUCGUGAUGUUUCUGAAAUUUCCAACGAGUACUUGCCCCCAGCUGAAGAAUCUGCCACUGAAUCUGCAGUCGAAGUUAAAUCUGCCGAAGAACCUCAAGAAUCCGCUGUAUUGGGUGAAAAUGGCUAUGAAUACAAAACUGUUCGUCGUUUGAAAUACCGCCAACGCCGUGAUGUUUCUGAAAUUGCCAACGAGUACUUGCCUCCAGCUGAAGAAUCGGCCACUGAAUCUGCCGUCGAAGUUAAAUCUGCCGAAGAACCUCAAGAAUCCGCUGUAUUGGGUGAAAAUGGCUAUGAAUACAAAACUGUUCGUCGUUUGAAAUACCGUCAACGCCGUGAUGUUUCCGAAAUUGCCAACGAGUACUUGCCCCCAGCUGAAGAAUCGGCCACUGAAUCUGCAGUCGAAGUUAAAUCUGCCGAAGAACCUCAAGAAUCCGCUGUAUUGGGUGAAAAUGGCUAUGAAUACAAAACUGUCCGCCGUUUGAAAUACCGUCAACGCCGUGAUGUUUCUGAAAUUUCCAACGAGUACUUGCCCCCAGCUGAAGAAUCUGCCACUGAAUCUGCAGUCGAAGUUAAAUCUGCCGAAGAACCUCAAGAAUCCGCUGUAUUGGGUGAAAAUGGCUAUGAAUACAAAACUGUCCGCCGUUUGAAAUACCGUCAACGUCGUGAUGUUUCUGAAAUUUCCAACGAGUACUUGCCCCCAGUUGAAGAAUCGGCCACUGAAUCUGUAGUCGAAGUUAAAUCUGCCGAAGAACCUCAAGAAUCCGCUGUAUUGGGUGAAAAUGGCUAUGAAUACAAAACUGUUCGUCGUUUGAAAUACCGUCAACGUCGUGAUGUUUCCGAUAUUGCCAGCGAGUAUUUGCCCCCAGCUGAAGAAUCGGUCACUGAAUCUGCCGUCGAAGUUAAAUCUGCCGAAGAACCUCAAGAAUCCGCUGUAUUGGGUGAAAAUGGCUAUGAAUACAAAACUGUUCGUCGUUUGAAAUACCGUCAACGUCGUGAUGUUUCUGAAAUUUCCAACGAGUACUUGCCCCCAGCUGAAGAAUCGGCCACUGAAUCUGUAGUCGAAGUUAAAUCUGCCGAGGAACCUCAAGAAUCUGCUGUUUUGGGUGAAAACGGCUAUGAAUACAAAACUGUUCGUCGUUUGAAAUACCGUCAACGCCGUGUUUAG